CCUUUUUCAUUCCAACUUCUCUGUCUGAAGGACAAAGAUGUCGUAACCAGCUGAACGUCAAAAGUGCAGUGACAAUACUGACAAAAUAAUACAAGUAAUAAUCAAUUUCUAAUAUUAUGGGCGACGAAAACUUAAAUUCUAGUAAAAAAUGUGAUACAAAUAAGUGUAAUGUAUUGAUAAUUGGUGCCGGCAUGGCUGGAUUGUCUGCCGCCAAUUACCUUCUGAAAAAUGGCAUGCAAGACUUUAAAAUUUUGGAGGCGAGAAAACGGAUCGGUGGACGAAUAAUUUCAAUACCAAUGAAAAAUCAAAACGUUGAACUGGGAGCCAAUUGGAUUCAUGGAGUGUUAGGUAAUCCAAUUUUCGAAAUAGCCAUGGCCAACAAUCUUGUAAAUAUUAUAAACAUACCCAAACCGCAUAAGGUUAUAGCAGCAACAGAGGAUGGAAAACAAGUACCGUUUGGAGUGCUCCACGAGAUACAUGAAGCCUAUGUAUGUUUUCUAAGACGUUGCGAAGAAUACUUCUUAUGCCAGUAUUUACCUCCGCCUGACAUCCACAGUGUUGGUGAACACAUCAAUUUAGAAGCCACCAUUUACCUAGAACGUUUACCAUCUUCAGAAGAAAAGAAGUUGCGGAGACUAAUAUUUGAUUGCCUAUUGAAAAGAGAAACCUGUAUAUCUGGAUGUAACAGUAUGGAUGAGAUAGACCUUCUUGAGUUAGGUAGCUAUACUGAGCUACAAGGUGGAAAUAUCAUGAUACCAACAGGCUUCAGCUCUAUAUUAGAACCACUCACUAAAAAUAUUGCCCCUGAUAAGAUAUUGAGAGAUCAUGCUGUGAAAAAAAUUAUUUGGGACUCAGAUGAACAUAGCUCACAAAGACCACUAGAAGAUAUGGGUGAAGAGUCAGAAGACUCAGACCAGACAGUGAUUGAAGAUAUUUCCAAAGCUUCAGAUAAACCAGUAAAUCCUGGAGAAGGCACAUCAUUGACUGAUGUCACACGAAAACCAAAGAAAAAGUUCCCUAACUAUGUUGAAGUAGAGUGUGAAAAUGGACAAACUUUCUAUGCAAACCAUGUGAUAUGUACAAUUCCUCUGGGUGUGCUAAAAGAUAGUGCUACUAACUUGUUUGAACCAUGUUUACCACAAUACAAAAUGGAAUCACUUGACAGAUUAUUAUUUAGUACUGUAGAUAAAAUAUUCCUAGAAUAUGAUAGACCAUUUUUAAAUCCAGAGAUAACAGAGAUUAUGUUGUUAUGGGAAAAUUCACCAACACCUGAGGACAUAUCUGAUUCAUGGUAUAAAAAAAUAUACUCAUUUAGUAAAGUGUCAGAAACCCUAUUACUAGGGUGGGUGUCAGGGAAGGAAGCAGAAUAUAUGGAAACACUAUCAAAUGAAGAAAUAUUAACUACUUGCACAAAGAUACUUAGGAAAUUUUUAAAUGAUCCAUUUGUUCCUGAGCCCCAGAAAUGUGUUUGUACAAGUUGGAAAAAGCAACCUUACACAAAAGGCUCAUAUACUGCUAUAGGUGUGGGAGCUAGUCAAAGUGAUGUUGAAAGUUUAGCUCAGCCAUUAUUCAGAAAUGUACAUGAUAAAAAGCCUGUCCUGCUCUUUGCUGGAGAGCAUACACACAGCAGUUUCUAUUCUACGGCGCAUGGAGCGUAUUUAUCCGGUCAAAUAGCUGCACGGCGCCUGCUGGCUUCAGAUGAACCGGAGGAGAACUUCAUUGAAUGUCCUGCUUCAGCCGACUUGAGCUCGUGGAUUCAAGGAAUACAGCUUGAGGGCUAAUUAUACAUUUUAUUGGUAUGUAGACAUAAAAGCUUCAUAAUUAUGAUGCACAGUGCCUAGGUACAAUAUAUUAUGCUCUCAUUGUAUUUACCCAUUAAAUGACAGAGGCUUUGCCCAGUUUACUCAUAAGAAUUGUGAUUUUGUUUAAUAUUGCUGUUACUAGGAAAUAGUUUAGCCAUUAUUGUAUAGUAAUUAUUUCUGCUAUUAGAUAUAAAGUGAUCUUAUUAUUUAUUUGAUACUUACAUGUAACUUUAAAUCUAUUGUAUUUGUUAUUUCUUGUAACAAAUUUAAAUUCGUAGCUCUCUUACAAUCAAAAUGUUCUGUUUGGCUUAAAAAUUUAUGAAACCUCACUUAUGCUCUGCAAGAUUUUUUGUAUUGUUUGUGUACUGUACAUAUACACAUAAUAAAAAAAUGAAUGAAAUGUUAAAUAAUAAUGAAUAAAAAGACAACUAAAGGUAAGUUGAUUGAUAUAUACGGCUUUCGUGUUUUGAAGAGUUUUGAACUGUUCGAGAAAAGCUCUACUAGUUUCAAGUCACACCAGGGCCCAUAUUCAUGACCUGCAUACGCGGCCCACGACGUAGUUGCGAAGAGAGCCUUUGUCGAAGCCGCAUAUGUCAAUCAAUUUAGAAUGUCUUUCGAUAGUUAUUAAACAAUAAUCUAAAAGUACAAAAUAAAGAUAGUAAACAGAACAUUAAAAAACAAUUGCGAAAUGUAAAUUAUCAGAGACCCUAAAAAUGUUUACUUGUUGAUGAGCAUCCAGUCUGUUUCCAUUAAUUGGGCCAAUUACUCCACAAUAAAUAUGACUGUAUACAGUAUACACAAUCACAGAUAAUCCAUCUGUUUGUUACUAGGCUGCAAAAUAUUGCUCUUUUCCAAACUCAAUCUUUUUACUAUUUGAAUGAAAAGUGAUUUCUUUGUAAUUCUAUUCAG